AUGAACACUGCACUCACAAUCUUCUUGAUUGCUACUGGGGCAAUGUUUGGUGUCAUGUUAAUUCUUGGUAUCAUCACGCGUUGCACCAGGGGUCCUGGAUAUUCCGGUGGGGGUCGCUUCGGUGGUGGUCAUAUCGGUGGCGACGACGGUGGACAUAACAUGACAAUAUUCACUACUACGGCUGGAGGCGACGGUGGCGGAUGUGGUGGUGGUGGGGACGUCGGAGUAGGAGGAGGCGCUAGCACCUGUGGCGGCGGCGGUGGAGGAGGCGGAGGGUGUGGCGGCGGUGGAGGUGGCGGAGGAUGUGGUGGCGGUGGGGGAGGAGGAGGAGGCGGCGGCGGUGUCUAA